AGGGGUCAACCAGCGGAGAUGGAGGACGGGGAGCUUCGCUCGGAGCUUGUGCUAAGACAGGCGAUGCAGGACGCCCUGCUGACGCUUCAUGGCGAUGCUCCUGUACAGUCCUCGCGCACCGCCGAGAUCUCGGAGGAGAAGAUGAAAGAGCUGGAGGACGGGAGAGUUGACGUGAUCUCGAUCAUCGUCGGGACGGGGUUCACAUGGAGUUUGAAGAGGAACGGCAAGUCAGUCUACGGGAAGGCGGUGCAGGACCUGGCGCUGCUGCGAUGGUUCUUAUCCUCCAUAGUGAAGCCCGGCAUCCUGCUGUCCGUGUACUCCACGAGCGGAGAGAAGGGCCAGAGGACCUACAGGGGGAGGGUGGAACAACUCGAUGUGGGAGACGAGUCAAGGCGCAUCCGCUUCAAGUACUUCGACGAUCCCGCUGUUCACACUCUCUUCGCCAACAGCACCGUCGACAUCUUGGACGACACAGGGGAGUCGGACUUCUCGCUGCAGACGCUCAGCACGUACCUUGAGGAGGGCCAUAGGAUCGAGGACAAGGAUUUCCCCCUGUGCAGCGAGCACGCGCUAAAUGAGUACCUCCAGGAUGAGCAGGACGGCGUAUACAGUAUCAACACGAUCGAGGAAGAGGCUCCCUCCGGCUUCAUUCCCCUCAGGGUCACAUACAAGUGGGAGGACCAAGUUCAGAGCAUGCUCUGCUACCGGGUCCGAGCUUCGGGAGUGUAUCCGCGGUGGAUGAAGUACGACGG